UACAAAUUGUAAACAAAUAAGAUUCAGGCAUGUCGCUAAUAUCACGGAGAUUGAAUAAUUCUUUCUAUUAUAGCAUAAGAACAAUAUCAGUAAUAAAGAAAAGAAAACUAUUGCAAGAUGUAGAUUCUGUCAACAAAUAUGAUUUUAAAACUAAACGAAAUAAUGAAAGAAUAUAUGUCUGGGGAUUAGCAGAAACAGGAGCAUUAGGAAUUUCAAAAUCAUUAGCAUUACACAAACAAACACAAUGCAGAAUCAUUCAUCAUCCCUCAAGACUUCAAUUCGGUGAAAAAUAUGAAGUUUUGGAUGUAGCAGCUGGUUAUGGCUUUUCAUUGUUUGCUACCAAGAAAACUAGUGACAAUGUUUCCUUAUUUGGUACGGGUAUUAAUACAGACUCACAAAUUGGUUAUCACAAGCAUCGUGGAAUAACGAAUAAGCCAAUAGAAAUAAUGAUUUAUCCAGCUCCAAUUUACCUCCCAAAACUAUUCGAAGAUGAAAAAUUACAAGCUAUUAAAAUAGCUGCUGGAAGAGCACACUCACUUGUUCUUGCCGACAAUGGAGCAGUAUUUACUCUUGGUAACAAUGUUUAUGGACAGUGUGGUCGAGAAAUAUUAGAAGAUGAAGAUUAUUUUGGUAGCAAUUUAAUACAUCGGCUCAAUGAUGAUGCAUUCGAAGGAGAGAAAAUACAAAAUCUUGCUUGUGGUCAAGAUCAUAGUUUAUUUAUAUCGGAAUCAGGAAAAGUUUAUUCCUGUGGCUGGGGUGCAGAUGGGCAAACUGGUUUAAGUCAUUACAAAAAUAAUUUUCAACCAACACGCAUCGAAGGUGAAAUUAAAAAUGAACAAAUUGUGAAAGUAUCGAGCAUUGGCGAUUGUGUAUUAGCUUUGAACAACAAAGGUGAAGUAUUUGGAUGGGGAAAUUCAGAAUAUGGACAGAUCAUACAAAAUAAAGAAACGCAACAAAUUAAUACACCAAUUCAUCUCGAUUUCCUCAAAGGCUAUGGAAAGUUUAUUGAUAUUGCUGCUGGUGGUUCCUUUUGUGCUGUUCUGAACGAAGCUGGAGAAGUUUUCAUGUGGGGAUUUGGAAUUUUAGGAUUCGGUCCAGUAGUUGAUCAAUGCGAUACACCAAAACAAAUUCCACCCACACUUUUCGGAAGGAAUCCAUUUAAUCCUGAAAAUCGUGUUAUUUCAAUAAACAGUGGACUUAAUUUUAUGACUGCAAUCAAUUCCGAUAACGACCUCUUUACAUGGGGAAGAAAUAAAUUUGGAUGUCUCGGUUUAGGACAUGAGAAAGAUCAAUUCUUUCCUUUUAAAGCUCUCGUUGGUGCAAAAGUCGAAAGAGUCGCCUGUGGUGUUGAUCACAUUAUAGCGUUAUGUAAACUUUUUAAUUAAUUUCAAUUUUAUUUUAUUGUACAACCUUUAGUCACAACAAUAAAUGAUCACAAAUUGA